UGUUAUCCUCCCUUGGGCUGUUCCGGAUGAGACGCCUCCCUCCUUCCGCCCCUCUGAUCCUCUUAUCAGCGAGUAAGCGGCCAAGAUGGAUGUUGUAAACCAGCUGGUGGCCCAAGGGCAGUUCACGAUACUGAAGCAACCUCUGGGAUUUAUAAAAGCUCUACAGUGGAUCUUUGCGAUCUUCGCCUUCUCGACAUGCGGCAGUUACUCUGGCAUGUUCAAGAUGUUAGUGGAGUGCCAAAACCGGUCAGAAAGUGACCUAGGCAUAGAAGUACAAUUUGACUAUCCGUUCAGGCUCCACCAGGUUCACUUUGAUGCUCCCACCUGUAAGGAAGGGAAGACCGACCGUCUGUUCCUGAUCGGGGACUACUCGUCUUCAGCUGAGUUCUUUGUCACCAUCGGUGUCUUUUCUUUCCUCUACUCUAUGGCAGCCCUCUCUGUGUACUGUUUCCUCCUGGAGAAGUACCGCGAAAACAACAAGGGGGCCCAGAUUGACUUUGUUGUGACGGCAGUAUUUGCCUUCAUGUGGCUGGUGUCCUCGUGUGCUUGGGCUAAAGGCCUGUCCGAUGUGAAAACAGCCACCGAUCCAGACAAGGUCAUCACUCUCAUCCCAGCUUGCGAAGAACCAGAAAAUCGCUGCCGUGAGGUGUAUGACCCCAAGGUCUCUGGCCUAAACACAUCCGUGGCUUUUGGCUUCAUCAACCUGAUCCUGUGGGUAGGAAACCUGUGGUUCGUCUUCAAGGAGACUGGUUGGUUGGCAAGCUUUUCUGGAACGUACGUCCCAUCGCAGGAGAAGCAGCCCGCCCCUGAUUCCUUCGCCCAGGGCGGAUAUGGACAACAGGACCCGUAUGCCGGCUCCCAGGGAGGAUACCAGCCUGAUUAUGGCCAGCAGGGAGGCUACAACGAGGAAGGAGGUUACAGCCAGGGCUAUGAGCAGCAGCCCACCUCCUACUCUAAUCAGAUGUAAGCCUGCCCAGCCAAACCACAGCUGCAGGAUGGUUGACCUUGUGAUUUUGGAGUGUGGCCCUCGACCGCCACUUGCAUUUCCACACUCCUCUGUUUGUCUGUUUGUGUUUCUGUGAGUUGACAGGCGGAGGGAGGGAGGCAUGGAGGGCAGACACUGGUGGGGUGGGCAGGGGAUCGCCGCCGAGAAGCAGGAUCGGGGUGGGUAAAAAAAAAGACGAAAAAAAAAAGAAAAAAAAAGCAGGGAGGGAAAAUGGGUCUUUGCUGUUACAUGAUGUUUAUUCUCGUGAUGUAUUUAACUGUAGAAGACAACAGAGGAUUGUCUGUUUGGUUAUACGAGAAAAACUUGAAUACAAAUACCAAAACAUUCGUUGAUGAACAUUUAAGAGAAAUCUUGUAAUGGAAAAGACUUACAUUUAUGGAGAAAAAACAAAAAAACAAAUAAAUUGUAGUAAUAUUUAACUUGGGAGAAUGUAUUUGUCUGUGCUGUGUAAAUAUCGACAUGCUUAUAUAUAUGAUUAUAUGUACACAGUUGAAUAAUUGUGCACUCCAUAUUAGUUGUUAUACAACAAAUGUUGAGCACAGAGUUAUUCAAUUGCAUUUACUUUGGUUCUGUUUAGGAGCUCACAUAGUUUAGACUUUGCCCUUCGGUUUCGCUAACAUUAACAACAGUUUUUUUAUUUCUUCAUCUCAGACUUUGAGCAUCUUUUUAUUAUCAUAUUUCUGCUAUGAGUUCUUUCUUAUUUGAUCAACAUUACUGGCAGGAUUUUAAAAUUCAGGUUGAAGGCUACUGAAAAUAGCAUAUGUGGCAACGAAGACAGAUCUAUCUAUAUGGAAAAUGAGCAGAGAAAGAGUGAUAUAUAUAUAGUAACGGCUGUGGUAAUUGUUUCAACGUUGUGUUUUUAUAUAUAUUUUUCCAUCAAAUUAUUGACGUCGAGAGGGGAUGAAUUGUUGCGAUACGCCGAGUAUUCAGACAUAUGAAGUCCAAAAUGCGUGGGUAUAAGAAGAUCAGUGGAGCAUGGCAGCAUCUCAUAUUCGCCGCGAUGUUUCAGAAAAAGCUGUAGUGUUGUCGGCACAGAAAUCGUGAAUCGGGGCAGUGACCAACAAGUUUUUAGCGACGUGUGCUUGUUUAUUCGUUUUUUGGGUUUGUGUAAUGGCAUCCAGCAGAUUUUGUCGAUGACCCUCGUCCUGUUUUCGAUCGCCUUUUAUGUGGUCCACAAAGUUGUAAGACAGAGUUAUAUAGUUUUUUAACUGGUGUUUCUAUCACGCUGUAAUCGGUGACAUGCAUACUCACACUAACACGAUCUGUAGGUAAAUGAGAAUUAUAUUAAAUACCUUGGUCACGCCAUGGUAACUACUUACUAUUAUGAGGCAUUGUGAACAGUGUGUCUCCAUAUAUGCAUCCUCCGUCCUUCUUUAACUCUUCUCUUUCUGACAGCAAGCCAAUUUACUGCAUGCAUCCUCUUCCUUAUAUCCCAAAGCAUCCACAAUUAUAUCUGAGAGGCUCAAAGCUGCAGGAAAGACUAAACCGUAAAUAUAUCGUGGUAUGGUUGCGCGCCUAGCGGUUACUGCACAGCACAUACUGAACAGCAGCUCUGCUAUAGUCUACCCAAAGCACAAAGUAAGUGCUGCAAUAAUUACUUCUUCCCACUUAUAAAUACACCUGCCCUACUGCCAGUCCUCUGUUUGGAUAUUCAAGAUCGUGUUUGCCAAAUGGUAAGAGAUGUGUCUUGAUUUGGUAGUUUUGCUUCCUCACCAGAAUGAGUCGUCGUCCACCUCCGGUAUAUCGGUCCGUUGUACAGCCUUGGGUUCCUUCGUUUCUUUGAAAAUAAUCAGGGUUCUUUGAUUCAGGCAGUGUAGAAGCACCUGACUUUCUCUCCUUCCUUCCCCUCCCCCCCACCUCCGUUUUGUUUUCUCUCUCUGUCUUUCUUUCUCUUUCACUGUAGCUCUUAUAAAUAUGCUGAAAUGAAAUAUACUCUGUUGUUAGUGGUGAAUGAUGUCUUGUGAUACUCUCUACGCCUUUGGAUAGUGCUGUGUUUAUUGUGUAUGAUGUAUUCAUAUUAGUAUUUAUGAUAAUGAUAAGUCAGAGAAAAAAAAAUAUUCAAGAUUCUCCAGAAUUCUGCUGUAUUCUUAUUAUAUGGGAUCCAUGUGAAACUAAAUGAAAUAAACUUGAAAUUAUUCUGUU